AUGAAGACCUUGGGACUUUUCGCUCUCUCGGGCGCUGCCCUCUUGCAAGGCGUUUCCGCUGCUUGUUGUCGCAGUAAUAAGUGCUUGAAAGCGGUUGCCCUCGCCGACACCGGACUCGCCGAUUGCUCAGCAAACCUCGGCACCGUCACCGUGACUUCCACCGCAGCCGCAACUACCUCCACCCAAACGGUAACUACCACGGUGGACCAAGUCACCGAGUUUACUUCCACAACUCUCGAUCUCUUCACCGAAACUACCACGGAGACCGCAUUGACAGAGACCCUCUUCUACACGGAAACGGUCACAUCCACCGGACCGGUCCAGACGGACACGGUUACGCGCACCUUGACCCAAACCCUCACCACCACCUCAACUGAGCUGGCCCCCGGUGUCACCUCAACUGCAACAUACUAUCUCGCCGAGCCGACCGUCUUCAAAGUCAAAGCCCGUCGGACGGUUGUUGCUGCUCCCUCUACCCUGCCUGAGUAUGCGUCAGCCGACUGUGCCGACUGGACCAAGUAUGUCAAGGCAUGCAAGUGCGUGGGUGUCGAGUUGGCCACCGUGACGGCAACCGUCUCUGCUGCCGUCGAGACCGAAAUUGUGACGGUGACGGUUCCCGGUGAGGAGGUGACAGUUACUGUCCCCAUGACUGUUUCCAGCACCCAGACCGCCAUUGUAUCGGCAACCGCCACCGACGCAAGCACCGUGACCGAGACCGUCACCGAUGUGCCCGACAGCGUCACCAUCACCGAGACCGUCUCCGCCACCUCCACCGUCACCGUGACCACCACAUCGACGCCCAGCACCGUUGUUCCGCUCACUUGCCAGCCUACAGGCUACAACUUCCUGGUUUCCACGCCGUAUACUUCUGCGACGUCGGGGGUGAAGAGCUUGUGGCUAUGGGGGGUUUCAAACCAGGUCCUCUGGGUAGGCUACGGCGGCACUGGAGUCCCCUCGCAGCUGGCGGCUAGCUGGACUCUGGACAGCAACGGUUCUGUCCAAUGGCGCGGCACUAAUAGCAUCCUGUAUGUCUCGACCGGUAGUUCGGCUGCCUCGGUGCAGGUCAAGCUGGGCGACAGGAACUCUGUUGACGCCGGCGUCGCGGCCGGUUCGAUGGCGAGGAUCAAGGGCUGCGUCGACGCAAACACUGGGCAAAUUACCGUUUCGGCGGAUGGACGACACAACCUCGUGCAGUGCGGUUCUGGAAUAUUUAUCUCCAGCGGCAACGGGUCCGAUGCGGGAAGCAGUUGCGUCCAGGCUACUCCCACGCUUUCAGAGACCUGGACUGUCUGCCAGACGACAUCUCUGGACCUGACGUCGACUUCUGGGUCUGCCUGUCUAACCAGUCUGGUUUCCGGUCGGUGUCCGGCAUGGAGAGAUGGACGGGUGUCGCCCCGGAAGAAAAGGGGAAAUCCCAAGGUGCGCCGCCUCCUUUACAUCAAUUACCCCAUACGUACCUUAUCGAUAAAUAUUUCUUUAUCGAUAAGAUGA